AAACUGAGCAACCCCUCUUUGCUCCAAUAGACGGAAGCAACCUCUGGCUGUAUAAUCUUCAAGUUCUUACCUCUCCCUUUCACCCAGCUCCCAAGAUCAAAUUGCAUUUCUUUCAUGAUUUUCUAGUCCUCUAGCUCCCUGAUCUGGUGAAAAAGAAAGAAAAAAAAGUAGGAGAUAAAUCUUCACUUUUGUGCCUGGAGGGUUAAGCUAACUUCAACUCCGUUUUGAAAGAAAACUUUCCAAGAACUUUCUACAGGAAUUUUGCUGGUGCCACUCCACGGGUUCCUACUCUGACACUUCAGAAAUAGACGUUUUAAACUUCAAAUUCCCCAGGGCUCAUCCAGGAAAUGAUCACCAAGAUGAAGAAAGGGCGCAUGUUUGUGGUUGCCAUCUUCUUACUGCUUAGCCAUGCCCCUUGGCCCCUGGAUGCUGACUCUGAAGAUGAGGAUGAACAAGGAGAUAUUUUAGAGAUGUAUUUACCACCACCAAAACUUCUACGUUCAAGUUGUGCCUACAAAGCUGAUGAAGGACCAUGUAAAGCCAUGCUCAAGAGGUUUUUCUACAAUAUUUACACUCAACACUGUGAAGAAUUUAUAUAUGGAGGAUGUGAAGGCAAUGAAAACCGAUUUGAAAGUCUGGAAGACUGCCAGAAACAGUGUUUAGCAGAAUAUCCAUGGAAGACUACAAAGACAAAAUUUCUACAAGAAAAGCCUGAAAUCUGCUUUUUGGAACAAGAUUCUGGAAUUUGUCGAGGAUUACUUCCCAGGUAUUUCUAUAAUAAUCAAUCAAAACAGUGUGAACCUUUCAAGUAUGGCGGGUGCCUAGGCAAUGCCAACAACUUCGAAUCUUUGGAAGAAUGCAAGCAUAUCUGUGAGGAUGGAUUGGAUGCAGUGCAAGUAGACCAUGGUGAAAAAGUAGAAGUCGCAGAAAACAGUAACUCCUCGACGGCCAAGCCAACUGAUGUUCGGAAACUUUUUAAAUUCUACGGCCCUUCCUGGUGUCUGACUCCUGCAGAUAGAGGACUUUGCAGGGCCAAUGAGAAAAGAUUUUAUUUUAAUUCUGCUAUUGGAAAAUGUCGUUCUUUUUACUACAGUGGAUGUGGUGGGAAUGAAAACAAUUUCAUUUCUAAAAAAUCAUGUCUCAGGACUUGUAAGAAAGGUUUCAGUAGACGAGCUAAAGGGGGAUUAAUUAAAACCAAGAGAAAAAGAAAGAAACAUCCAAUGAGGAUAAUAUAUGAAGAAAUCAUUGUUGAAAAUAUAUAACUUCCUUACAAAAUAACCUGAAAGUCAAGGCAACCCGCCACAUGAGAUUUUGCUUGCAAAAUGUUAAAUGGAUGGCAAUUUAGAUAAACAAAUUACCUAAAGAAUUAAUUGCUUGAUUAGAGUCUUGAAAUUUGUUUUUUAAUCACAUCUCAGUAAAUCACUUUGUGAAAUGUAUAUGGUUGUCUAGAAAUAGUAUAACCCUAUUUUUCAUCAAUGUGACAUAUUUCCACUUCCCUAUUUGAUCAGCCCUAUUCAUGAGCUAAUUUCAUCACCUUGUUUCAUUUUUUCAUACUCUACUCUUCUUGUUUAUAUUUUGUUUUUUACUAAUUGACAAAUCAUUACCAAAUUACUGUCUAUCCCAGUACAUAAAAUUCAAAGUGAUAUAUGUUUUAUUUUGUUAACAAUCCAUUUAUGGAACAGUUUUCAGCUGUUAGGCAUCAUCUUCUACUCUCACCCUUUUAGCCUUUAAUUGGGUUAAGGUUUCUGAUAUCAAGCAGCAAGAAUUAAGCUUCCUUGAGAUCUAAAUUUUGCUAUCAAACAAUUGCCUUUUAUUCUUUGCCCUCAAGGGAUUAGCCAGCUAUCCUAUACAUUUGAACAGAGCCAGUGGUGAUAGAUUUUACCAAAGGUACUUGCCCAUGUGUAUUUUUCAAUUUUAGUUCAAUUUUUAAAAAAAGAAUCAAGAUGCAAAAUCAUUUUAUUGAAGCUGUGUCAAGGGACAGAACUAAUCUGAACAUUUUAAAAUAUUCAAAUCCACAUGAAUUCACCAAACAGAAUAAGUCAAUACAAAUAAUUGACUCUGUUCUCCAUGCCAACGUAGUCCUAGGCAAAAUCAGAUAUUUGCUGAAAGAGUAUGGGAUUACAAAAGUUAAAAAAUGUCAUAUUUACACUUUAAGUUUUUGGUUCUAUGUAAUUCAAUUUUAUUUACAGCAUCAUCAUUUCAUGUCCCUGUUGACAUUCAUUCACUGGGUCCCAUUAGUCCUGUAAAAAUAUAUCAUUUUAUUUACAUUAGGUAUAAUAAUGUAUAGGUUGCAGCUAAAAGCUACCAACAGUGAAUAACAAAUUUAACAAUUUCCUGUAUCUCAUCUUUCACUCUCACAACUCUGCCUCUAUACAAAUGAAUUCCAAAUCAACAUCUUUUUCCUAUUCUUUCCUGUUCUUCACUGAAAUUUUCCAGUCAGAUAUUUUGGGUUGCAUUAUUAUUACCACAACUGAACAUUUUUGCAAUUAAAAUUUUUAUUUUCCUCCAAAAUAUUUCAACAUUUUAAUUUCCUCCUUGCUGUUUAUGGUACGAUCGUUCUUAUAGUUAUCUAUGUUUAAAACACAAAUCAACUAUUUCUUUUUCUUCCCAUGUGCUGAACUGAUCAUCUAUUCUUGCCUCUUUUUCAUUUAUAAUGUCUUUUGUAUCUGUCUUUUCCUUUCUAAUCUCGUUGACAGUUUAUUCAUGCCCAUGUCAUCUCAUUCUUCCUCUGAUAGCCUCAGAAUUGGUCUUCUUGAUUAGACUAUCUCCAAUACACUUUGCGCACCACUACCACAAUAAUAUUACUAAAAUACCAUUUUUCCUAUGCUACUCCUCUACCCAAAAUUUUUCAAUGAGUUGCAUAUCUCAGAGGAAAAAGGCCCAAUAUUCUAGGUCCUCCAUAGUUUAGCUCAAGUCACUUUUUCUAACGUUUUUUUCUUAGUCCUCUCUACAUAAAGCAUCAACUCCAGUUAAAAAAAUAAACAAAUACACCUGUUCUACACAACUCUAAACUAAGGUUUGAAUGCUCAUAUUUCUCUACCUUUGGUCACAUAAUUACCCUAAUCGAGAAUGUUCUCUCCUUUCCUUUGCAUUUACUAGAAUCAUUGCUAUCCUUCUUAGGCCCAGAUCAAGCCUCAUCUCUCCUGAGCCUUUAACAUAAGUUUUGUUUUUUUUUUUUUACCUCAUUCACAUAGCACUAAUCAUCCAUAAUGCUCAUAUCUUACAAUAAUGUACACACAUAUUUCAUAGAUGCACACAUUGAGAGAGGGAGGGAGGGAAGCAGGGAGGAAAGGAGAGAAAAACAGAGGGAAGGAGGGAGAGAGAGGGAGAGAAAGAGAAGAUAGAAUUGGAAUUGAUACUUCUUUGUAUCAUAUACAGUGUCUAGAACAGUCAUUUCUAUACAGAUUUUUUCAAUUGACCAAAGUUUUGCUUACAUUUCAGCUACAAAAGAUAAUUCAUCUGCAUGACUAAGACACCAUUCCAUCAUUUUAAGAAAUAGGCACAUAAGAUGAUUGUUAGUCAAGGUUUCUUUGGAACAAUUAGAAACAUUUGAAGGUCAAACUCAAUUGUGGAAUUUGAACACACUGCCACUUACUAAUAAACAUUAAUAAGUACCACACUACACUGUGGUCCAGAAUUCUAUUUCUGGAAUCAACAAAACUGGGUUUAAAUGCAGCCUCUGACACUGACUUUGAGAUCUUGGGCUAGUCAAUUUACCUCCAUGAACUCCAGCUUCUUAAUGAGGGUUUUGGACUGAAUAUUUGUGCAUGUGUGUUAUAUAUCCAAAUAUAUGUACACUGCAAUGAUUGACUAUACUCAGAUUUCUACAAUUGUGUUUUUACUCUAGUAUUUUUCCAAAAUUGUCUAGUUUUUGUUCUGUUUCAUUUUAUAUUAUCUAAAUAAAUUUUACUGUGAAUUACUAAAGAUCAUAGCAUUUAAACUAGAUAUUGAUUUUCAUGUUCUCCAUUCACCUCUUUCAUUAAAUAUAAUGUGACAGUCUUUUAUUUACUUGUAAGAAAUAAAUAUAUAU